AUGUACUUCAACCGCUUCGCCCUCGCCGCCGCCUCCAUGGCCACUGUCGCGCUCGUCAACGCAGACCUCGAGCUCGACCGCGAUGACUACCCUGCUCAGUGCCAGAACGUUUGCGAUCCCGUCGCUCGUCUCGGUCAGCUGUGCAACUUUGACGACAAUGACCGCCUUGAUGACCGUACCGAGGACCAGCUUGAGGCCCAGUGCUUCUGCACCAACAACAGCUUCAACGUCGCCCAAGUAGCUGCUCAGUGCGCCGCCUGCAUGCACAACGCCAACCGUGACACUGAUGACAACGAGGACAUCAACGACAUCAUGUUCACUUGUGGCUUCUCGUCCACCUCUUAUGACGCCAACGCUGUCUCUACUGCUACUGGCAUCAGCGUCCAGGCCACUGCCCUGACCGCCAGCAGCCAGCUGACCACGAGCCUUACCGGUGCCACCCCCACCAACACCAACUCGCAGUCCACCCCUACCGGCUCCUCAAACAACAACAAUGGCAAUGGCAACAAUGACGACAACUCGAACAACAACAACAACAACGGUAACUCCAACUCCGACUCUCAGUCUACCAACGAGCCCAGCGCCGCCAAUGCCAUCGCCCCCGGGUUCGGCACCUCCGCCCUCGGCAUCUCGGCCUACGUCGCCGCCGCCGCCGUCGCCGGUGCCAUGCUCCUUCAGUAA